CGCGGAUGUUGGUUCUCUCCAACAACCACACACCGUCCACGAUGCUGAAACGACAGGCCCGACAACGGCGAGACUAUCUGUACCGUCGCGCUCUCACGCUUCGAGACGCCGAGAUUGCGGAGAAGCGGGCAAAGCUGAAACAAUCCCUGGCGAGUGGGAAGCCUCUCGAUCCGUCCAUUGCCAACGACAAGACCUUGCGCCAGGACUACAAGUACGAUGAGAGUCGCGCCGAGCGCACGACAGAGGAAGAGCUGGAUCUGGACGACGAAUACUCCUACCUGUCUGGAGUGGUAGACCCUCGCGUGCUGGUGACCACCUCGCGCGACCCCAGUUCCCGCCUGGGCUCUUUUGCCAAAGAAAUCCGCCUUCUCCUCCCCACCGCCAUCCGACUCAAUCGCGGCAACCUCGUCCUGCCCAACCUCGUGCACAGUGCCAAAAGCAGCGGUCUGACAGACGUCAUCCUCCUGCACGAACACCGCGGCACUCCCACCGCCCUCACCAUCUCUCAUCUUCCCCACGGGCCAACGGCUUCCUUCAGCCUUCACAACGUACUCCUCCGUCACGACAUUCCCAACGCAUCCCGCGGCACCGUCUCCGAAUCUUACCCUCACCUCAUCUUCGACGGUUUCACCACCCCACUCGGCAAGCGAGUGGUCAAGAUUCUCCAACAUCUCUUCCCCCCACGCGAGGGCGUCGCAACGAAGCUGGGCAGCAGAGUGGUGACUUUCAAAAACAUUCAAGACAGUGUCGAGGUGCGGCAUCACGUCUUCGUUAAGACGAGCCAUCAAAGCGUGGAACUAGCGGAAGUGGGACCGCGCAUGACCAUUCGGUUGUUUGAGAUUCGACAAGGCACCGCCGAUAAAAAGGACGGCGACGUGGAAUGGCAUAUGAAUCAGUACACCCGGACCAGCAAAAAGCGAGACUACCUUUGAUGCGUUGCGAUAGGCCUUUACAGAUGACAUGAUACCCACUUGACGAAUCAACGCGAGCGUGUACAAGCUAUACGUAUAUAUAAAGCAGUCGUUCAUAUUACACGUAAAAUC